UCGAAACGGGUGGGAGUGCUGGAUGAUACCAGUUGAAAUGCCACGUCUCGACCUUUGGCCUAAAAUUAGAAAUUAUGCGUUGGUGUUAGCCUUCGUCGGUGCAUCCCUGGCUAUUCCGGUCGAAUUGGAUGAAAACGACGUUGUCAUAGUGAGGCAGAGACCAGCCGGAGGACUUCUGGGCACCCUUGGUACUGCUCUGGUACCACUGGUCGGCACUAUCCUCGGCCCUCUCAUUACGAAUAUCGCAACAGGUCUUACCAACGCUCUUACCGUCGGCCUUCAAAACACAAACCUUUCUGCAACGUUAUCGACCAGGCCGUCAUUUUACAACCCGUCUAUUAGAACUACAGAAUCUGACCUGGAAGCUUACAUAGUCCAGAUCCCGGGUGCGAAUACUCCUUACAUGCUAAUAAACAAUAGACGUAUCACGACACCAACUCAAGACUUGGACGCAUCAGAGGAAGACGGAAAGUUCGAACAUGAUCUACAAGAAGACGAAAUCGAAUCGAAAAGAAGGAAGAAAUCCGUCAAUUUGCGAUGAUACAAAAAUUACUAA